UUGGCACUACACGUAAUGACAAACGUCAAACCAAAAAUGUAUUUUAAUAUUAUUUUAGUUCCAUAUUUAUAAAAGUACAAGUGUUUGAUCUGUAAGAUCUGAUAUUAUAAGAAAAUAGGGCAUCCAAAGAUGUCUGACGAUUUUAAAACGUCACCUUGCUUAAACCAAAGGUCUGCAAUGGAAUCAAUAACACCUACAGGUGAAGCAAAGAAACAGGAUAUAAAUCAAGCACACGAAGUCUUCAGGAAUAAUAUAACUGCAGUAGAAGUUAUUGUGAAACAGAUUAAAAAUAAAAACGCUAAACAAUAUACGUCCUCCGAGGAAAAAAAUAUCGAUGGCCUCCACGAGGAAAUAGAAAAAUUGAAAACGGAAUUGAGUUCGGCGAAGAGAUCCUUGGAGGUCACAAAAAAAUGUUUCUCGUCCGUUAUGUUUGAACUGGGAAAACAAUUAGAAACUGCGAAUCAGCGCGAGUUGAAAAGACAAACAAAGAAUAUAGUUCUUCAACUGGAGGAAGAAAAGAUGAAGACGUUAUUGGAAUGUAAAACAAACCUUGUUUGUAAAAUGUCCAAAGAAAUGUUGUAUAUGAAACGGAUAGCCAAGCUGUUGGGUAAAAGCGUCGGGUGUAUUGCCUCUGCGUCAGACCAUAUUCAUUCACGUUCAGAAUACGAGGAAUUUGAGAAUGAUUUAUUGAAACGAACGAAUUGCGCGGCGAAUACCACAGACGAUCCAAUCACAUACAAUACUACGACGUCUAGUUAAUUAUAUUGCUUUCGUAAAUUAUGUAUUUUUUUAAAUAUUUAAGAUAAACAUAAUAAAAUGUUAUGAAAACUUAAACAA